AUGUCCCUAAAUUCGCAUUACGAGGAGAUUGGGAAGGUAUUUGUGCAGCAGUACUGUGCGAUAUUCGAUGACCCUUUAAAUCGGGCAAACGUGGUCAGCGCUACGGACUUCUUCAUGACCUUCGAGGACCAGCACAUACGGGGAGGAACCAAGGUCCUCGAAAAAGUUCAGAGUCUGAAUUUUCAGAAGAUUGUCCGAGUGAUAACCACCCCGCAUUCCUUCUCGCAGUUUUUUCUCCUGAGGCCCAACGACGCAACGUCCUUGUGGCCCACGAUAUCUUCAUAUCAACAUCCAAAACUCCAUAACUAA